GCUCCGCGCCCCGGUCCCCGGUCCCCGCCCCGUCCGGCGUGCAGGGCUCUGGGUGUGGCCGCCGUCUGUCUCGUGUGGUGGAGCCUGGCAGCGGUUCGCUCCCCGCAGCCGAACGAACGCCCAGCAGCAGCGCGGUGGUGGCGGCCGGGCUCCAGGUCUUCACGGGAGACUCCUGAGGAGACUGGCACCAAGGAUGAGCGAGCUGGAGCAGUUGAGGCAGGAAGCCGAGCAGCUGCGGAGUCAGAUCCAGGAUGCCAGGAAGGCCUGCAAUGAUGCCACGCUGGUUCAGAUCACAUCUAAUAUGGACUCGGUGGGUCGAAUUCAAAUGCGAACACGGCGCACGCUGCGCGGCCACCUCGCUAAGAUCUACGCCAUGCACUGGGGAUAUGAUUCCAGGCUUCUAGUCAGUGCAUCCCAAGAUGGAAAAUUAAUUAUUUGGGAUAGCUAUACGACAAAUAAGAUGCAUGCCAUUCCGCUGAGGUCCUCCUGGGUGAUGACUUGUGCCUACGCCCCAUCUGGCAACUAUGUCGCCUGUGGAGGCUUGGACAACAUCUGCUCCAUAUACAACCUGAAGACUCGCGAAGGGAACGUGCGGGUGAGCAGAGAGCUACCAGGGCACACAGGCUACUUGUCCUGCUGCCGGUUCUUAGAUGAUGGACAAAUCAUUACAAGUUCAGGAGACACAACUUGUGCUCUGUGGGACAUUGAGACUGGGCAGCAGACCACGACAUUUGCAGGACACUCGGGUGAUGUGAUGAGUCUCUCUCUGAGUCCUGACUUGAAGACCUUUGUUUCUGGUGCUUGUGAUGCAUCUUCAAAACUGUGGGAUAUCCGAGAUGGGAUGUGUAGACAGUCUUUCACGGGACACAUCUCAGACAUCAAUGCUGUCAGCUUCUUCCCAAGCGGAUAUGCCUUUGCCACUGGCUCUGAUGAUGCCACUUGCCGGCUCUUUGACCUCCGUGCCGACCAAGAGCUACUGCUGUAUUCGCAUGACAAUAUCAUCUGUGGCAUCACUUCUGUGGCCUUCUCAAAGAGUGGGCGCCUCCUGCUGGCCGGCUAUGAUGACUUCAACUGCAGCGUGUGGGACGCAUUGAAAGGAGGUCGGGCAGGUGUCCUUGCCGGUCAUGACAACCGUGUUAGCUGCUUAGGUGUGACUGAUGAUGGCAUGGCUGUGGCCACUGGCUCCUGGGACAGUUUCCUUAGAAUCUGGAAUUAACAGUGUCAGAUUUUCUGUUCUCCAAUGGCGAUCCAGAGAAAUCCAUGCUAUAGCCUAUAGCUGUGAGAAAAAAAACAAAACUCUACCUUCUAUUUGUGGAUGAAGAUUUUUCUAUUGAGAUGACUACAUACAAAUAUCAGCUUUCAAUAAACUACAAGCAAAUGGUGGUAAAAGAAACAAUCACGACUUGCUGAGUCAAAGGGUCAGGGUAUUGAGCAGCUGUGUUGACUUUAACCCCGACAGACUCUCGCUUGUGCUGGUCCCUUUUCUGUAGAAUACACUCUGUAGCAGAUGAGCAUUGUGUUUGCAUUUUGUUAGGGACACCCCUUUAACUCUGUAUAUAUGAGAAAUGUUACAUUUUUAAAGUGUUGUCAUGGAAGAGCCAAGACCCACGAUAGGCAGAAGUGAGAUUGUAGAUAUGUGUGCUGUCUGAAGGAAUCCCCCUGGGUUCUGACACUGCAUUUUAACCUGACUCCCUGAGGGCUUCACGAUCAGGAGGGCUGAUAGGUGAGGUGACCGAGGGAGCCAGUGGCUGUCCAUGCAUUCUUCUCCAUGCUAGGAAUCUCAGUGAUCCUUUUCAUCCUUUGAGGGGACAGGUGAUGUGAAGAUCAUUACAAUUUAUUAUAUUAAUAACUAGUAGACACUGGCAUGUAACUUUUUGUAUUCUAAAAGGCUAUUAAUUUCACAUUCUGGUGUGAAACCAAGUUUGUAGAAUGUACUAGUAUUUCAGAAGUUUGACAAACCUGACUUGUCCCUGCAUCUGAAGACUCGUGCCCAGUAUUCUCUGUAAUAGGUAGGAACAGUGGCUCACCUUUAAAAUCUUUGAGAAAUAUAAACUCAUCCACUCAACUGGCACUAACAUAUAUAAUAAGAUGGCUUUAUGAAUUCUAUGUAAUUAAAAUCUGAAUUGGUAUAAAUUAUCUGUACCCUUGAACUUUCGCUUUCCCAUUUGAUGGUGCUGCAGAAGGAAUGCAGGGCCUUGCGCCUGGCAGGCUUGCCCUGCAACCCUGGCUCCUCAGAGGGUAGCAUUCUACUGCCCUGUAGUACUCGUCUCCUCCGCAUGGCAUACCUGUAGCUAAGUAGCUCACUGCUGUGUGUCUAGAGUUGAACCCUCGAGCCUAAAGCAUUGUUUCAGAGGGGUUCUUCUCGCAGCAAGCUGUCCCAACUGCUCAAUAAAACGUCUCUGUGUUGUCCUGCCUCCAGUCUGAACAAAGACGCCUCUUUUUCUCCUGCAGAUUUCAACGAUUGAUAACAGCAGACUGUUAAGUCUUGCUGGGGUUUGCCUUUGUGGGUUACUUGGAUGCGUGCAAACAUUGAUUUGUAACUCAGUAACGUAUACGUUGCUAUUUAGCAGUUUCUGUGUUAGAAGUCCAUCACUUGAUACUCCAAACUGUAUCUGAAGUUUUCAUCGUUAUCUUAUACUGUGAAUCAGCAUCAGUUUUAUUAAGGCCAGUUGCUCCUAAGAGACUCCAGUGGACAGAACCUCCUCCCACACAGCUCCAGGGUUGGACCUCCUGAGUGGGGCAGAAAGGGAAAGAAAAACAGACACAGACACAGGAAAGCUCGGGUCAUGUAGUCUGGGCUCUGUGAUGGAGAAACAGACCCCGGGAAGUGAGUUUGUUACAUGGAGUAGCAUAGAGUUGGUGCUACCACAUACAGAUGAAUAAGAAGCGUUUACAGUACAGAGCUGGAUCAAGGACACAGGCUUAGCUAAUCUCUGUAAGAGCAGCCUCUGCAGGAGAGGUCUUCAGGGUGUAAAUAUUGUGGGAGAGUGGGGGUGCUAUGGUGGACUUUUCUACAGUCCAUCAACAUUUGGACUCAAGCAUCCUCCCAUGGUCUGAAGCAAAGGUCUUGAUACCGCAUACCCAUGUCAACAGCACACAUUCACUCAGGGCUUCCUUUGCUCUCUUCAGGAUAGAGGUAAACUGAGACACCGAGUUGAAGAGAAACAGGCCAUCAAUGGCAGGAUGAGGAUGUCUACCUCAUCCUCAGUGUCUGGGACCCCUUUGGUCUGGUCUACUUGUCACAUAGGAGGUCACUUCAUAAAGCACAGCUCCUGAAGUAGGGCACAAUUUACUUUAAAAGGCAGUGCUGGGAUGGGAUCUACCUUGUAUAUGCUGCCCAAAAGUGCUCCACCAGGGGGUUACAUCCAGUCUACCAUACCCAGCUAGAGGUGAGGCUCCUUAGAGGAUCACAAUCAUUCCCCCCAAAGGGCAUGCGUUUAAGUCUGCUGUGUAGCUCAGAAAUCAUCCAAAACUCUGUUCAAAACAGCAUUUCUAAUGUGUGUGUGUGUGUGAAGUCAUACUAAGAAAUUCUAUGGCCCUAAAUAUUCUAAAAUGGAAUUUAGGGCUGAAGAGUUGGCUCGGCAGUUGAGAGCACUUGUUACUCUUGCACAGAACCUGGGUUCAAUUCCCAGCAACCAUAUGGCAGCUCAUAACUGCCUGUAACUCUGAUCCCAGGAGAUCUGACUUCUUUGGGCACUAGGCACAUAUAUACAUGCAGGCAAAACAUUCACACAUGUCUGCUUAAAAAGGAAUGUACUUUCAUGUUACUAAAAGCUUGUGUAAAACACAAUUUAAAGGUUUCCUUUAGUAGGAACCGUGAUAAACACGUGGCUAACUGUACACAGCACCAACCUUUGACACAACAAGCUGCUUUCUACUUGAUGGUGCCUCUAGGGUUUCUCUGCAGUUUCUGUUAUGGCUAAAUACACUGGCUUGUCUGAGACUUCCGGAAAGUAGCCUACAUAAUGUGCCUUAGCAGGUUGAUGCUUAGCAUGCACAACUCAAACGGAAGUUGUCUUUGAGAUUAGGAAGACUUCUAACAUUUUGACAUGGCUCCUGCCACUUUCCUCAAGAGUUUCAUUGUAAAGGCACAUGUGCUUUUCUGAAGCAGUGUGACCACCAUGUAGUUGAAAGCCUCAAAGCGCUGAUCAUGGACAUCUCUAUCUUGACAUGAACAGGCUCCAUUUUUGGCAGCUGUACUUCAUAUAAUACUCCAGAUCUCUAACUAGCUUGGACACAUGUACUGUACUGAAUUCCAAAUUCAUAAAGUCAAAGUGUUGGGGUCUGAUCCUUAGUCUAGUCAGUAGCUGUCGUUUUAAUUUAGACUUGGCAAGCUGACUAAUGAUGUGUUUCUUGAAUGUUAAGGAAUUAAAUCUAUUAAAGAGAAAUGAACUAGUGCCUGCCUAUAACCCUUCAUUGGGGAGGCUGCAACAGAGGGAUCACUGAGCACUGAGGCCAGUCAGCCAGGGCUAUCAGAUGGAAGCCUUAUUCCAGGGGUUGGAGAGAUGGCUCCGUAAUUAAGCCUGCUUGCUGUUCUCACAGAAGACUGAAUCCAGCCAGCUCCCAGUUCUGGGCUAACAAUUGCCUGUAACUUGAAGGGAUCCAAAGCCCUCUUCUGGCCUCCUCAGAUACCUGCACACACAUACAUAAUAUAUAAUAAAUCCCUUUUUUAAAAGAAAAAAACCCUAUCUUAAAACAACCAUAAAAAUGAUCGUUCUAUUGCUGAAAGUACUCUCCAAUUCUGUUGUCUUAGAUUUAGUAGUAAAACUCAGACUUUGUUUUAGAAGUGAAACCAUCCAGGGAAAUUAUGUGAAUAUGAAUGUCAUGGAUUUUGAACUGUUGAUGAGCCUAGAACUGAAAAAGCAGUCCCCUAGAUGGACCUGCAAUAAUUUCAAUAAGGAAUAUUCUUUUAGAAUCUGCAGAGUACACCAAGCUGCACAGAUACUUAAGUACUGUAUUUAUAUGUUUUCUCUCUGGCCACUGUGGAAAGCAUGAUUUAAAAUGAUUACACUCCUGUGAGAAAUUUAAAAGCCACUCACAGGUGAGUCUGUCGUUUUACAGAGAUAAUCUUAAAUUGGAUCCUGUGGAAUGUGACGCAUUCUGCUCACUUCUGCUCUUCACUGGCUACAACAGGUGGUCAACAUCGUUAGCCACAGACUGACGGAACAUCUUGUAUUUAGGAAAUGUUUUCCAUGUUGAUAGUUUUCUAAAUGUUCUUUUCAUUCUUCUUAAAUGCAAUGGUUGAUUUUGUGGGGGUGGUAUAAUAAUGUAGCAUAAUGAAGGAAAAACUUGUUUCAACUUGUAUGAAAUGUAUUCAACAAAAUCUUCCACAGCAGAGUCCUUAGCCAGGACUUCAAUGGCAUAGCUGUAGGUUGUCCAGGCCUUGUCUUUACACAACGGUGCUCUAGCCUCUCUCUUUCUCAUCAAAGAGGCUUCUCUUUGAGCAUCUGCAUCUCUCGCCGAAGCCAUGAGAUAGCCCACACCUCAAGUGUGUUUUGAAGCUGGUUUGAGAACUUUCCUAUAAGGCACCUUGGAAAUGUCCUCAAAUAUUUUCAACACAUGAAACCAAUUGACUAGGAAUGUCAGUCAUGUCUAAAGUUUUACCAUACAUGCAGAGGGUUUGUGAUUUGACAGUAUUCUGAGUUAGAACAGUGAUUCACUCCUUAUUUGUACAGUUGCUUGUAAAAUACUGUUGUAGUGGUCUGAUACUGUAAUCUAUAACCAAUAAAGUACUUUUCAUCCUU